AUGUCGUUUGAGGCGCCGCCGGGGUACGUGCGGGCUGAUACGGCGCAGGCGAGCGAUGCGUGGGAGCGCGCGGAUGAAGUAUGGGUGAUGCGCGUGCCUGAUGGUGUAGACGUGCGCAAGCUGGACGGUGUGACGAUACCCUUUGAUGCGCUCGAGCGUGCGGAUCAUGCGCCCUUGGCGUCGGUGCGCGUGUCAGAGACGGAUACGUACGAUGUGCUGGUGGCGCACGGUGCCGCGGGCGAAGCGGAUUCGCAGCUUAUCGAUAUGGCCGGGCCAUCCACGACGCCCGUGUUUCUGCAGCGCGAUUUCUUGCGGUCGGCGGAUGGUGUGGCGUCCGAGCUGCAGAGUGUGUGUGCUCUGCUGCCUCGUGCCAAGGACGCGACGCUGCGAAUGAAGCCCGUUGCGCGGCGCAUGUACAUGGCGCGGCGCACGGCGUCUGCCAAGGGCCGGGACCAUGGCUACGACGUGUCUCUCCCGCCCAAGCACACACAGCCAUGGGACAGACUCCAGGGUGUGUUUCGUCCCGCCGGCUCGCAGGCCAAGAGUCCUGCGCUGCCCGACAAGAAGCGCAAAAAGGCAUCGAGUGAUGAGGCGUCUAAGAAGAAGAAGAAGAAGAAGUAG